AUGAUGUGCGAGGUGAUGCCCACCAUCAGCGAGGGGGACCCUCUGGGUCCCCCGCAGGGCUCCGAGGCUGAUGCCGACUUCGAGCAGCUGAUGGUGAACAUGCUGGAUGAGAGGGACAAGCUGCUGGACACCCUGCGGGAGACCCGCGAGACGCUCUCUGUCACCCAGAGCCGCUUGCAGGAGACCCUACGGGAGCGUGACCAGCUCCAGAGGCAACUCAACUCGGCCCUCCCACAGGAGUUUGCAACGCUGACGCGGGAGCUCAGUGCGUGCCGGGAGCAGCUCCUGGAGAGGGAAGAGGAGAUCUCAGAGCUGAAAGCCGAGCGCAAUAAUACCCGGCUCUUGCUGGAGCACCUGGAGUGCCUGGUGUCAAGGCAUGAGCGGUCCCUGAGGAUGACCGUGGUCAAGCGUCAGGCCCAGUCGCCGUCUGGGGUUUCCAGUGAGGUCGAGGUGCUCAAGGCGCUCAAGUCACUCUUUGAGCAUCACAAGGCGCUAGAUGAAAAGGUCAGGGAACGCUUGCGAGCAGCCUUAGAGCGAGUGGCAACCUUGGAGGAGCAGCUUGUGGAUGCCCAUCGGCAGGUGGCAGCUCUGCAGCAAGGCACCACGCGGGAGGCCCCAGUGGGUGAGCGGGAUGAGAGGGAGCCCAAGGAGCCGGCGCAGAAGCUUCCCUGGAAGCGGCUCUCCAAUGGCUCUGUCCACCCGGACGAUGAGGCAGGACAGGUGGUGGAGCUGCAGGAGCUCCUGGAGAAGCAGAAUUUCGAAGUGGUCCAGGCCAAGGAGCGCAUCUCGGCAUUGGCUGCCAGCGUUGCCGAGCUGGAGGAGGAUCUGGGCACCGCCAGGAAGGAUCUGAUCAAAUCGGAGGAGAUGAGCAGCAAGUACCAGAGGGACCUCCGAGAGGCCCUGGCUCAGAAAGAGGACAUGGAGGAGAGGAUCACCACGCUGGAGAAACGCUACCUGGCAGCCCAGCGAGAAGCCACCUCCAUCCAUGACCUCAACGACAAGCUAGAAAGCGAGUUGGCCAACAAGGAGUCCCUGCACCGCCAGUGCGAGGAGAAAGCCCGGCACCUGCAGGAGCUGCUGGAGCUGGCAGAGCAGAAGCUGCAGCAGACGAUGCGGAAGGCGGAGACGCUGCCCGAGGUGGAAGCAGAGCUGGCCCAGCGCAUCGCCGCACUCACCAAGGCAAAAGAGAGGCAUGGGAGCAUCGAGGAGCAUCUCCGGCAGCUGGAGAGUCAGCUGGAGGAGAAGAACCAGGAGCUGGCCAGGAACACAUUGUUACAAGAGCUGGAAAAUACCCAAAAGCAGAUAGAGGAACACCAGCACGACAAGCGACGGUUGUCUGACGAGAUCGACAAACUGAGGCUGGAGGUCGAUCAGCUCAAGACCAGAAGUGGGACAUUUGUGGAGAGCGUGCAUGCAAGGUCCCAUAUGGGCAGCACCACAGACCUGCGCUUCCCACUGAGCGCCGUAGUCCAUGCCCCCACUGAGCCCUUUGGGACAGCCCCGGGCCUGCCUCGAGCGCAGAAGGGCCGAUUCGCUGCCCGGCGAGAGGAGCCAGCCAAGGACUGGGAGCAGGCCCAGGCAGGCAGUGUCCUGGCCACGGGGCCUCACGCCUUCGACAGCGACCCCGAGAUCUCCGAUGUGGACGAGGACGACCGUGAGACACUCUUCAGCUCCAUGGACGUGCUCUCCCCUGGUGGGCACUCGGAUGCCCAGACGUUGGCCAUGAUGCUCCAGGAGCAGCUGGAUGCCAUCAAUGAGGAGAUCAGGAUGAUCCAAGAGGAGAAGGAGUCCACCGAGCUCCGCGCAGAGGAGCUGGAGACCCGCGUCACGAGUGGCAGCAUGGAGGGCCUCAACCUCACCCAACUCUGCAAAAGGGCUUCCAUCCCCACCUCACUGACGGCCCUGUCCCUGGCCAGCUCGUCCCCACCGCUCAGCGGCCGCUCCACCCCCAAGCUCUCCUCCCGCAGUGCCGCUCAGGACCUCGACCGCAUGGGGAUCAUGACGUUGCCCAGCGACUUGAGGAAGCACCGGAGGAAACUGCUAUCACCUGCAGCUCGGGAUGAAAGCCGAGAGGAUAAAACCACCAUCAAAUGUGAAACGUCACCCCCAUCCUCACCCAGGACAUUGCGGCUGGAGAAGCUGGGCCACCCUGCGCUAAGUCAGGAGGAUGGGAAGAGCUCGCUGGAGGAGCAGGCCAGCAACCCCAGCAGCAACAGCAGCCAGGACUCCCUGCACAAGGGCUCCAAGAGGAAGGGGAUCAAAUCCUCCAUCGGGCGCUUGUUCGGGAAAAAAGAGAAGGGUCGCUUGAUUCAGCUGAGCAGAGAAGGGGCCACGGGGCAGGUGCUGCUGACUGACAUGGAGGUGGGCAUGCAGGACCCGCUGGGACUUGGCAAGCUGGGUGCUCAGGCUGAGAAGGAUCGGCGCCUGCGGAAGAAGCACGAACUUCUGGAAGAGGCUCGGAGGAAAGGAUUGCCCUUUGCUCACUGGGAUGGCCCCACUGUUGUCUCCUGGCUGGAGCUCUGGGUGGGGAUGCCAGCCUGGUAUGUUGCUGCUUGCCGAGCCAACGUGAAGAGCGGAGCCAUCAUGUCAGCCCUAUCUGACACUGAGAUCCAGAGGGAGAUCGGCAUCAGCAAUGCGCUGCAUCGCCUGAAGCUGCGUCUGGCCAUCCAGGAGAUGGUCUCGCUCACGAGCCCCUCGGCACCACCCACCUCACGGACGUCCUCCGGAAACGUCUGGGUCACCCAUGAGGAGAUGGAGAACAUGGCAACUUCCACCAAGACGGACACAGAGGAAGGCAGCUGGGCACAGACACUGGCCUAUGGGGACAUGAACCACGAAUGGAUUGGGAACGAGUGGCUGCCCAGCUUGGGUCUCCCACAGUAUCGCAGCUACUUCAUGGAGUGUCUUGUUGAUGCACGGAUGCUGGACCACCUCACCAAGAAAGAUCUCAGAGUGCACUUGAAGAUGGUGGACAGCUUCCACCGCACCAGCCUGCAGUACGGCAUCAUGUGCCUGAAGAGGCUCAACUACGACCGCAAAGAGCUCGAGAGGAGGCGAGAAGAGACCCAACAUGAAAUCAAAGAUGUCUUGGUGUGGACCAAUGACCAGGUCAUUCACUGGAUCCAGUCCAUCGGGCUUCGCGAGUACGCAAACAACCUUGUCGAGAGCGGGGUGCACGGGGCGCUCCUGGCCCUCGAUGAAAACUUCGACCACAACAGUCUGGCGCUUGUGUUGCAAAUCCCCACGCAGAACACGCAGGCUCGACAAGUGCUGGAGAGGGAGUUCAACAACCUGCUCGCCUUGGGCACAGAUCGGAGGCUGGAUGAUGGCGAUGACAAGACCUUCCGUCGAACCCCAUCCUGGCGAAAGCGCUUCAGCCCACGAGACGUUCACAGCAUCAACAUGCUCAGUGGCUCGGCUGAGACGCUGCCCGCCGCCUUCCGUGUCACCAGCCUGGUGCCCCUGCCCCCUCCAUCCGCCCCUGCCAAGAAAAUGCCCCCGGAAGUUGGUGCCUCUGGGUCCCCAAGGCUGGAGACCUCCACGGUCCGGACGUACUCCUGCUGA